GCGCUAGUGAAUUUCGCGCCAACGCCAUUCUAUUCCGUUAGCUUGUUGCUGUUGGGUGUGUGUCGUCAACGUCUCUCUUAUUUGAUAGCAAAAUGUCUGGUCGUGGAAAAGGUGGUAAAGCAAAAGCUAAGAGUAAGACAAGGUCUUCUAGAGCAGGUCUGCAAUUUCCUGUUGGUCGAAUUCACAGGCUUUUGCGCAAAGGCAACUAUGCUGAAAGAGUAGGUGCCGGUGCCCCCGUCUAUCUUGCUGCAGUUUUAGAAUACUUAGCUGCUGAAGUAUUGGAAUUGGCAGGGAAUGCUGCCCGUGAUAACAAGAAAACUCGCAUCAUCCCACGUCAUUUGCAACUCGCCAUUCGAAAUGACGAAGAAUUGAACAAAUUACUUUCCGGAGUUACAAUUGCCCAAGGUGGAGUACUUCCUAAUAUUCAAGCAGUUUUAUUACCGAAAAAGACCAGUACUGGUACAACUUCUGGCGGGAAGUCUGGAUCCGGAAAGAAAGGAGGUCCCAGCCAAGAAUUUUAAAUGCUGUUAAAUUCUGUGGACCGAACUUUUAAGUUGACUCAUUUUUCAUUAUCGAAACUUUUCAUUCAUCUGUCCUAAGUAUGUUUUUGUCGCGUUUUUAAAAUAUCUAAAAUUUUUAAAAUAAAAGGACUGAAAGGA